UAGCACAGUUGGGAACGAUAGACACUCCAGCACAUUCGAAUUCUACAAUAGACGACGGGUCGCGACCAGGUUGACAGUACAUAAUGGGGCGGAUACAGCAUCUUUGCGGCACCGUUCGUGCCCUCCACCAGGUGUUUGUCAAGUUCGAACCUUCACCACCCGCGUUUCAAGCUCUGCGUGCACCACCUCUCGCACCCUUUCCGCGGCGGUUUCCCUCAUUUGCUCUCCCACAGACGAGGUUAUAUUUCAAGAAGAGCACAAAGCAAAUUCCUGCCAAGAAACGAGCAGCUUGGGACGAAGAGAUAGAAGCUAGAACAGUCCGUAUUGUCAAUGAGGAGGGCGGUCUGGACGAGCCUGUCCCACUUCGCGACAUUCUCGAUUCAAUUGAUCGCACGAUAUACCGCCUUGUCCAGUUGACGAAAUUAGAACCGAAUACACCGGCGAUUUGCAAGAUAAUCUCGAAGAGAGAGCUAUUAGAGGCCAGUAAAGCCAAGGCAAAGCCACCGAAGAACCCACAAGCAAGCGCUAAAAAGCUGGAAUUGAACUGGGCAAUUGCUCCCAACGACCUCAGCCACCGCUUACGAAAGCUUGAAGAAUUUCUGGAAGCAGGUCGCCGUGUUGAGGUGCUCUUAGCUCCGAAAAAAAAGAGCCGGAUGGCAACUGCUGCUGAGGCCGAGACAACCCUCAAGAGGAUACGAGAGGCAGUGGAUUCGGUCAAUGGAGCAAAAGAAUGGAAGCCAAUGGAGGGACAGCUGCUUCGUACAGCUACAUUGCAUUUCGAAGGAUUGAAAGACAAAUAGGCGGGCAACAUUCCUUCUACGUUACGCCUACCAACAGUGGAAGGAUUAUGCUGUACAUAGCUUUGGUCUAGGUGGGGGUAUAAGAUCAUGCACGGCAGGAUAAAAUGGCUCAGUUAUCCCAUUUAAUGAUUGCACAUACGCCAUCCAAUUGCAUCACGUUUUGUGGCUGGCCAUAUGGCCGAUUGCAGUACGGUAUACAUAGCUUACCUGACAACGAAGUUGCAGUCCUUCAGUCAGGCGAAUUCUUGGAUCAUGACGGAGUC